AUGGCGGAGGUGAAUCCUAUUUCUCUGCUGCCGCAACCUCCUUCGCCAAGGACUACUAUCUCAAUCACUCAUUCUAUGGCUUCAGGUUCCGUUGAUGAAACAAAGGGACAACAACUAAUGGAUGAUAAUGGUAUUGGUUCAUCUAGUAAGGAUUUUACAACUAGUAUACUGGAUACUUCAGAUAUAGGUGGGGAAUUGAAUAGCAAACCUGAAAUUGGGAUGGAAUUUGAGUCCAUUGAAAAGGUUAGAGAAUUUUAUAAUUCUUUUGCUAAGAAGAAUGGUUUUGGAGUACGUGUUCGUUCAAGUAAACCAAAGAGAGCAGUUUUGGUAUGUUGCAAUGAAGGUCAACAUAAAGUGAAGAUCUCAAGAACUGAAGAAAUUCAAGAUAGCACUAAUCAAACUAAAAGAAAGUGCUCAACUAUCCGAAGUGGUUGUGAGGCUUCACUUAUUGUUUCAAGAGGCACAACCAAAAGUAAGUGGAUGAUAAAGUCUUUUAACAAUGAUCAUAAUCAUGUCAUGGUUAGUCCCAAAAGUGUGUCCUAUAUGAGGUGCCAUAAAAAGAUGAGUGUAGCAGCAAAGAGUCUUGUUGAAAAAUUUGAAGAAGAAGGCAUACCGACUGGAAAGGUUGCUGCAAUUUUUAAUGAUGGUGACUCAACUUUCACUAAUAGGGAUUGUUGGAAUUACAUUAGAAAUGUUCGGAGAAAGAAUUUAGAUGUUGGAGAUGCUCAAGCUGUUUUCGAUUAUUGUAAACGGAAACAAGUAGAAAAUUCUAACUUUUUCUAUGCAAUCCAAUGUGAUGAAGAUUCUCGGAUGGUGAACUUGUUUUGGGUGGAUGCUAGAUCACGAUUAUCUUACCAACUCUUUGGGAAUGUCAUCACUUUUGAUACCACUUAUAAAACUAAUAAGUAUAGUAUGCCGUUUGCUCCAUUUGUUGGGUUGAAUAAUCACUCUCAGUCUAUUUUAUAUGGUUGUGCUUUACUACAAGAUGAAUCAGAGGCUUCUUUUGUGUGGUUGUUUAAAACAUGGCUUCAAGCAAUGGGUGGAAAAAAACCUAUAUCUAUCAUAACUGAUCAAGAUUUAGCUAUGAAAGCUGCUUUGGCAAAAGUCUUUCCAGAAAGCCGUCACCGCCUGUGUUUGUGGCAUAUUAUAAAGAAGUUUCCUGAGAAGUUAGCUCACAUAUAUCACAAACAAUCUAUUUUCAAGCGAGAUAUGAAAAGAUGCAUUCGAGGUUCACAUAGCAUUCAAAGUUUUGAAGAAGAAUGGAUGCGCAUAAUGGUCGAGUAUAACUUGAAGGAAAAUGAAUGGCUUCAAGGGUUAUAUAAGAUUAGAGAAUCUUGGAUACCAAUUUAUAACAGGAGUACAUUCUUUGCUGGAAUGAAUACUACUCAAAGAAGUGAAAGUAUUAAUGCUUUCUUUGAUUCUUUUGUUGAUGCAUCAACAACAUUACAAGAAUUUGUGUUGAAGUUUGAGAAAGCUGUUGAAAGUCGCUUAGAGGCAGAACGAAAGGAAAAUUAUGAAUCAAGGCAUAAGUCUCGUAUUUUGAGUACCGGGUCAAAACUUGAGGAACAUGCGGCAUCUAUAUACACCAGAAAUAUUUUUGCUAAAUUUAAAGGUGAGCUAGAGAAAAUCAACCGAUUCACUAGACAUAAGAUUAGAAGAGAUGGGCCUAAAUAUGUGUAUCAGGUGUCCAAUUGCUAUGAUGCUCGAGAUACUUUCACUGUUGAUAUAGACUUAGACUCACAGAUUGCUAAAUGUGGCUGUGAACUAUAUGAAUUUAUGGGGAUAUUGUGCCGACACAUACUAGUAAUUUUCCAAGCAAAGGGAGUUGUUCAGAUUCCUAGUCAUUUUAUUAAGGAACGAUGGACUAAGGAUGGUAACAGAGGUCUUGAAGACACUUAUAAUGAUAAUGAUUUGGGUGAAAAAUCUGAUACAUUAAAGAUUUUAAGAAGGGUGCAUGUGCAACGAGAAGCAAGUUUUUUAGCUGAUCUAGCAGAAGAGUCUAAGGAAGCAUACAAUUUCAUUAUUUCAGAAAUGAAGCAAACUCAUAAGUCAGCUGCUGCAAUGAAAACAAGUGAAGGAGUAGCACUUUUGGAGUCAAGCGAGAAGAAUGUAAAUCAAGUUUGCUCAUCUGAGCAAGUGAGUGAACCACCACAACUGACUAUUGGAAACCCGCAUGUAUCACAAACAAAGGGGAGAAAGAAGGAUGGAGGAAAAAUGACUCAAAAUGGCAGAUUUAAGAGUGGACUUGAAGUGUCACUUAAUAAAUCAGUUGUCAAAAGGAAAGCAUGUCAUGAAUGCGGGGAGCACGGUCACAAUAGCAGAACUUGCAAGAAAAGAAAUCAAAAUGAUUAA